AAAAAAAUGCUCUCUUUCUCCGAUCUUCAUCAUCUUGUGAGUUUAGGGUUUUUCAGAAUUGAGCUUUCGCUCCAUUUUGGUUCCCAAACACAACCUCCAAAAUUUCAUUUUGAAUACCCACGUACGAUACAACAUCGCAAUUUCUCCGUAGCACGACAUUUGUUGAUUGAUCAUGUUGGCUAAGAGACUAAGUUCCUUACUCAAACUCUCGCCAAAACCUCACUUUUCCACUUGGUAUAACUCCGUAUAACUGGAUCGGUUCAAGCUGGAGGUCAAAUCCCAAUUUUCAGUUAAAGAAUACAAGUGUCGAACCAAUUAUACCGAUGGCUUUCGGUAUAUGAACUGUAAAAUGGUGCUUGAUUGUGAUGACCAUCUUUUAUACUGUUGCAGUUCCACGAAGAAAGUGGAUGAAGAGACAGGCAAAUACUAUGGUAGGAAGGCUGUGUCAUUUGUUUUAAUUACUAUUACUGGUGGUGUUGCUCUAAGUGCCCUUGAUGACCUUGCCAUCUAUCAUGGAUGUAGCAGCAAGGCCAUGGAAAAGGUCAGCAAGAAUCAGGCAGUAAUAGAUGCUAUUGGAGAACCAAUUGUUAAAGGUCCAUGGUAUAAUGCAUCUCUUGCAGUAGCUCAUAAAAGACAUUCUCUUUCAUGUUCAUUUCCUGUUUCUGGACCACAGGGCACUGGUGUCUUGCAGUUGAAGGCUGUUCGAAAUGGAGAGGACACUUGGUCUUCCUUCUUCCUUUCUCGCGAUUGGGACAUUUUAAUCAUGGAUGCUCUCCUCCAUGUACCUGAGAACGAGGAGAGGAACCGAACAUUGCGGAUCAAUCUCAUUGACAGGCCUUUUUCAUGUACUUCUUGCCCUGGGUCCACUCCUCAUCCAUCAGAAAAUUCAAAGGCAAAAUUGAGUUCUAAUCAAUAAAAGCUUAAAUGACAAUCUUUAUUUUUUAAACCGUUUACAUGAUUUUGAGGUUAGGUGAACGUCAAUAUUUGGCUGACAGAAUAAAUUUGUUUUCAAAUUUUCUUUUGGUAAUGUGUUAAAAUAUUAUUCAUCGUCUUAUUUCACUAUGAAAUAAAUUUUGCCUUGUAGAAUGAUGUAAAUUUUCCUUAUUUUGUGCUUUUUUUCCCUUAUGAUCUUGCUUGCUAUUUUUUUGAGACUGUAAUUUUCUUUUCUACUGAAGUGAGCAAUGAGAUAGUUUUUCUUUUUUUGGGUGA